GUGGGCUGUUGGAUCAUUCUGAAAUUGCAAAACAGUUCUCACAAGUUUUACGGGGUUUCAUGUGCUUUUUAGAAUAACCAGAGUCGAUGCGUUAAAAUAAGUGGAUUAAAAGUCAUCAUAUCAUGGAACACAAGGGGCAGGCUACUUUUGAACUUCGAGAGAGAAACCGGGACAGUGGAGAAAAUGGCAGUGAGACCCCCUUACUCUCCUCAAAGCGUCCCCUUCACACGUACGACUAUGUUUUGGUCAGCAAACUUUUCGAGGACAAGGAAAGUGAGGCGUUCAAGAUGCAAGCGAAUUUCAUCGCAGAAAUGAAGAAGAAGAAUUUCAAAGUAAAAAUUAUUAUAGAUGGUGAGAAAAUCUUCUAUGGGUUUCAAGCACCAAAGAAGAUUUUUGACAAGUACAGGUACCUGCUGAAGGUGUCGGAUGCCUGCAACUGGAGCUGUGAGCAGAACGAAACUGUCCCAAUGUGCACAAGGAUAAGGAUAGUCCACUUCAUCCUAAACAACACCUACACCCACAAUGGAGACAAGCUGAAAGACCUCAUGACAAAGAAUGUUUUUGAAACCGGCUUCUGCCUGCAUGAGAAAAGGGAACAGAAGCAGUUGAGGCAGAAAUGGGCCCGUUGGACUGCAUGUUUCCAGUACCAGCCCAUAGGCACUGUCAAGAGAUACUUUGGAGAGAAGGUGGCCCUGUAUUACCUCUGGCUGGGCUGGUACACCUUUCUGCUGAUCUUCCCUGCCAUCCUCGGGCUCAUCGUGUUUCUGUACGGCGUGGCUUUCUUUAACACCAGUCCCCUAAUCAAGGAGGUCUGUGAGGCCGACACUAUCAUGUGUCCCCUGUGCGACAAAAAAUGCAAGGUGUGGCAACUCUCGGAUACCUGCUUGUACGCCAAGGUGAAUCUUCUGUUUGACAAUGAGGGGACUGUGGCCUUUGCAAUGUUUAUGGCCGUGUGGGCCACCGUGUUCCUUGAGUUCUGGAAGAGGCACAGAGCAUCGUUCGUCUGCAAGUGGAAGGUUUUUGACUGGUGCGAGGAUGAGGAGGAACUGAUUUUGGAGAUUAUGAAUGAUCCAGAAUGCGAACCCAAGCAGUACCGCCACUCCUACCUGAACAGCACUCUGGUCCUCAUUUUGGUAACACUGAUGCUGGUGCUGAUCAUUGGACUGACUCAUGCGCUGGUGGUGUUUCGUGUGGUCGCUACUGUGCUGUUUUCUGAGGCGAAAUGGCAGUUCCUGAUCGAGCACGCGAACACGGUCGCUGUCAUGAUGGGCGCUUUUCUGCAUUACCUCACCAUCACUGUCAUGACCCGGGUCAACAGGAGCGUGGCCAUGUGGUUGUGUCAUAUAGAGAAAACUCGCUCCUUUGCGGCCACAGAAAGAAGCUUUACUGUGAAGAUGUUCACCUUCCAGUUCUUCACCCUCUUCUCCUCCUUGAUCUAUGUGGCCUUCUUUCUGGGCAGGAUUAAUGGUCACCCUGGUGGCUACGUCCGGAUUGCAGGAAAGUGGAGGCUGGAAGAAUGCCACCCCAGCGGGUGCCUCACGGACCUCUUCAUCCAGAUGGCCAUCAUCAUGCUACUUAAACAGACCAUCAACAACGUCUUCGAGUUUGCAGUGCCCUGGUUCCGCAACUGGAUGAAGAAGAAGAUGACCUCAAAGCACCUCCAGAGGAAGUGUGGCGUCUGCUACAGGAAGGAGUGCCGGGGUACGGACGACGGCUCCGAGCUGUGCGAGACCUGCAAGCUCCAGAACUGGCACCACAACUACAACUUGAAAGAAGUCAAUGCCUUCAGCCUCUUCAAUGAGUUCCUGGAAAUGGUUAUCCAGUUCAGCUUCACCACCAUCUUUGUGGCGGCCUUCCCCCUGGCCCCACUGCUGGCCCUCUUGAACAACAUCAUUGAGAUCCGAUUGGACGCCAUAAAGAUGGUCAGCCUUGAGCGCCGCCUGGUGCCGAAGAAGACUAAUGACAUCGGCGUAUGGACCAAAGUGCUGGAGAUGAUCGGCGUGCUGGCGGUGAUUGCUAACGGGCUGGUCAUCGGCGUCUCCACGGACUUUGUGCCUCGCCUGGUGUACCGCUAUCGUUAUGGCCCCUGUGCCAAAAACUCCUCGACUGAUCUGGACUGCAUGACUGGCUACAUCAACAACACCCUGUCAACUGUGCAAGUCAAGGACGAGCGUGUCAAGCAAGACUUUUUCAGUGAUCAGCUGAUCACACCCAGUGGCCUCAACGCCACCCACUGCAGCUACAAAGACUACAGAAACACGGAGGACUAUGGCUUUACUGCACAGUUCUGGUUCAUUCUGGCAGUGCGCUUCGCCUUCGUCAUUCUGUUUGAGCACGUUGUGGUCAUCUGCAAGUUCAUUGCUGCUUGGUUUGUCCCAGACUGCCCCUUGGCUGUGAAGAACACCAAACUAGAAGACAAGCUUGAUAGAUUAAAACAGGAGCUGAGCGAAGGGAGUAACCGAUUUGACCGGUCAACAGAUGUGUGACAUCAGGAGUGCUGGGACCAAGAAUAUAAGAAUUGAAUAGGACAUGAACGGACAAAAGCUGACCCCUGUAAAUCUUCCUUUGUGUGGGAAGGUGUUUUCAGAUUGUCCUUAAAUUUCAGCACUUUGUUCCGUUGCAUAACUUUUCACAUUAAUUAAUUCAUUAAAGAAUUUUUUUUUUAAUGAAAACAGCAAAUCUAUGGAUUUUUUUUGGACUGUGCACAAACAUAGGCACAAAUUAUACCAUUAUAUAAAUUCAUACUGUACAGGAACAGACACAGAUGUGAGGCAUAGUUGCCAGGGACCUCUAUCUCUUGAACCUUUGGCAUAUAUGCGGGUUAUUGAACGAGGUUAGAAAUGUCCUUGAUUGCACAGAAAAUAUGUGCACAUACAGGGAGUUAGUGCUGAGCAGUUUCAACAGUCUAUUUGUCCUUGUAUGAGGGUGCUUGAGUUUUGCAAGAACAUUCCUUCUACCUAUUUCAAACAACAGAAUUUUUGUCCCAUGGAUCGGACAUGGAUCCCUCCGAAUAAUACAGGUAUCUUGAUUCAUGCAACUCACCUUUGUGUAUUAGUAGUUAUGCUCAUGAUUUCUUUCUUUUUUUCCAAGAAAUUCUCACUGUUACACCAGUGUGGGAAUGCUUUCUUUAUCUUUUUUGUUCACCGGAGAGCAGUGACUGCAAGUUAAAUGGGCAGUUAUUCUUUUGACAACUUAGUCCUUUUGUGCAAAUUAAAUGGCCAAUUAUUCUUUUGACAAGCUAGUAAUUGUGCAAAUUAAAUGGCCAGUUAUUCCUUUGACAAUGUUGUACAUUUGUGGCAAAUUAAAUGGGCAGCUAUUCUUUUGACAAUUUUGUACAUUUGUGCAAGUUAAAUGGGCAGCUAUUCUUUAGCAAGUUAGUACAUUUGGUCAUUGAAAAUGGCCAUUUUAAAGAUGGGAAGCAAGGUGGGCAGUUUACCAGUAGGGGGCAGUAUAAGCAGACAUUUCACAGCCAUAGGUAACUAGAAUUUGUCUAACGUUUUAUGGGGCACCAUGUUGAAAUCAGAAGUUUCAAUGAGGGUGAUGACUGUAGUGACUGAGUACAGGGUGUGUGACUUCAGUGUAGAGAAAAACAACAGCGGCGCUGGAAUGUUGGGCACAUGAGUCAAACCUGAAAGUACUGCACACACGCUUGCCAAGGGCAAGUGCAAGCCUGUGUUUCAUUCAGUCUGGGAAUCACAUUCAUGGAAUCAAGUGUUAUAACCAAAGUAAAAGGAGUGCAAUGUGAGUCAAAUUAUUUACUUUUAUACAUAUGCACCAACUUUGACAUUAUACUUUGUUACAUUUAUACUGCCUCCACUCCCUGUUUUAACUGCACCUUUAAAGGAAUGCUGGUAGUGGGUAAUCAGGUGUGCCAACACAUUGAGAAAUAAAAGUAUUUGACUCCA